CACCAUUUCCACUUCUGUGGGGGGCUUUGAGGAAGAAGAAGAACCCACAUGGCGGAUCUCGUCGCCGGCGCCGUGGUGGGUGCGGUGGUUGGCGAGCUCCUGAAAGCCCUUCUCGACGCCAAAGACAGCGCGGUAAACUUUAAGUCCGACUUCGAACGCCUCCAAUGCACCCUCGAGUACGUAAUCCCACUGGUCAGCGAGAUCGAGCGGCUCAACGACGAACUGGACCGCCCCAGGUCGGAGACCCAGAGACUGAUUCUUAAAUUGGACGAAGGGAAGGGGAUCGUGCGCGAGUGCUCGAAAGUUCAGUGGUGGGAAUAUUACAGGAAGUACCGGUACUCGAAGAAGAUCCUGAAAUUGGAUCAGUCACUGCAGAGAUUUUUCAAUGUGGAGUUGAGAGUUGGAGAAGCGAGAGAUGUGAAGCAGCUGUUGGUGGAGAUGCAGGAGGCGAGCCGGAAGCUGGACCGACUGUGCGAGAGGAGCAGCAGCGGGGGAGGGAGUUGGUGUGGAUUCGAGGGGUGGUGCGCGGCGCCGGAGCUUCCGAAUCUUACUGUUGGAUUGGAAGUGCCGUUGGGGGAUUUGAAGAGUUUGAUGGUGCGCAGAGAUGGGGUGUCGCUGUUGGUGUUGUCCGGCGCCGGAGGAUGCGGGAAGACGACGCUCGCUUCUAAGUUCUGUCAAGAUGAGGAAGUCAAAGGCAUGUUCAAGGAGAACAUUUUCUUUGUCACGGUCUCAAAUGCACCCAACUUGAAGGGCAUUGUGCAGGGGCUGUUUCAGCAGAUGGGGUUUGAAGUCCCUGAGUUUCAGGAUGAUGAGUCUGCAAUUAGUGGAUUGGGAAAAUUGCUGAGGCAGUGUAAAAACCAGAAGCCUGUGUUGCUGGUCUUGGAUGAUGUUUGGAAGGAUUCGGGACUUCUUCUACUGAAUAAACUAUUGGAGCCACCACUGCCAGGGGACUGCAAAAUUUUGGUUACCUCAAGGUUUGAUUUCCCGACACUGGGUUGGACAUAUCGCAUGGAAUUGUUGAAUGAUAAAGAUGCCAUGACUCUUUUCGAGCACUUGGCAUUCCCAGAAGAUGACGAGAACAGUAACAAGCUGGAUGAAGAUCUUGUUCAAAAGAUUGUGAGUUAUUGUGAAGGACUCCCUCUAGCUCUGGUGACGAUUGCUUAUUCGCUCCGUCGGCAAUCUAAAGUGGUGUGGCAAAAUACGGAGAAGAAGUGGUCAGAAGGUCAAUCAAUAUUUGAUUCUGAUCCCACGCACCAUUUGCUCAAUCGUCUCGAAAUCAGCUUAGACUUCUUGGAUGAUUCAGUUAAAGAGUGCUUCCUAGACUUGGGUUUGUUCCUUGAAGACCAAAGGAUCCCUUUCUCUGCUCUUCUUGAUAUGUGGAUUGAAUUGUAUAAACUAGACCAAGAUGACGCGUACGUGAACCUACUUGAACUCUACUCGAGAAAUUUGGUGAAUCUUGUUGUGAGCACUGGGAAAGAUGUAACUGAGAUUGAUGGGUAUUACAACGAGCUCUUCGUUGUGCAGCAUGACCUGCUGAGAGAACUGGCCAUAUAUAGGAGUAGUCAGCAGAGUAUAGAGCAGAGGGAAAGAAUUUUCACAAAAGGAAACAAAUUUCCCGAGUGCUGGAAGGAAAAUGGGAAGCAGCCUCUCAGUGCACGACUAUUAUCUAUUUACACAGAUAGCACGAUUUCCUCAAGCUGGAACGAGAUGGAACUUCCAACAGUUGAGGUUCUAAUCCUGAAUUUUCAGACGGGAAACUACAAGCUACCCCAAUUCAUGGAAAAAAUGACCAAAUUAAAAGUUCUGAUCAUGACAAACUGUGGGCUUUAUCCGGCAGAAUUGAAAAAUUUCUCGUGGCUGAAUUCUCUCACCAAUCUAAGGAGAAUUAGAUUGGAGAAGGUUUCAAUUCCUUCCCUAGAGAAAAUCAGCGCAACUCAAAUGAAAAAUCUGCAGAAGAUAUCACUGAUCAUGUGCGAAGUUGGUCAGGCUUUAAGGAACUGUUCCAUUGAACUCUCCAGAGCUUUGCCAAAACUAGUAGAAAUUGAGAUUGACUACUGCAAUGAUCUAGAGGAGCUGCCUGUGGGACUCCUUAACAUUAUCUGGCUAAAGAAGCUGAGCAUCACCAAUUGUCAUAAACUGCAUGCAUUGCCUGAAGAAAUUGGAAAGAUGAAAAAUUUAGAAGUGCUCAGGCUUCAUGCCUGCACAGGAUUAUCAGAGUUACCAGACUCCAUAGGAAGCCUAAGUAAGUUGACUUUUCUUGAUAUUUCUUACUGCCUAAGCAUAGUGAAGUUGCCGAAUGGGAUGGGUGAGUUAUGCAGCCUAAAGAAGAUUGACAUGAGAGGGUGCUCAAGCUUGGAUGAGCUGCCAAGAACCGUUGCUAAUCUCAUGCAAUUAAAGCAUGUGAUUUGCGAUGAAGAAAUAGCUGAACUUUGGAAAUGUUUCCAGACCCAUAUCAGAAAGGUAAAGGUGCCCAAGGAGAUCAACAACUUGGAUUGGCUGCAGAUUUGAUCUUAAUAGCCACAAUAUGCAUUUUGAGAAGAGUUUAUAUCCCUAAGACGGUUGCAAGAAUGGUUUUGUUAAUGGAGUGUCUGUCGGAGCUAUUAGAAGCUUAUAUGUUAUGCAUUUUUUCUUCAUUCAUCUUUCAUGCCAUCAAAUAUUAAAAGAUGUAUAGGAGGCAACUUAAAAAAAGAGUGUUUGCUC